AGAUAUUCUUCUACCCGGCGUGGAUUGAUUUCGACUCAUUCCAAGUAUUGGAGAGUGGGGAGCAAUGCCAGCCUUGCAAACUUGGCCCCUCCGACAGUAUCUCGGCCCUCCGACAGUAUCUUGGCAGCAUGCCAGGAAUCUUCGUGAAGAGAUAAGAAAAGCCAUCUGGACUCUGGAGAUGAUACAGUGGUCUUUUCGCCAUCCCUCACAGCUCAUUUCAAUCCUUAUCUGGCUCAGAUGCUAUAAGAGGUCUCUUUUGUUCCAAAAUGCUCAAUUUGUGUAAGACGUUAGACGUAUGUCUGUGUUAUGUCUAAUCCCUUUUCCCCCUCUUCAUUUUGAAACCAGCGCCAUUUAAAUAUGGGAGAAUCAGAAGUCUCUGCGAUUGCGGUCGAGACACCAACAGAAGUCACUAAUAUUGAUACCUAUCACCUUGCUCAACUCGGAUACAAGCAAGAAUUACAACGCAAUUUUAGUCAAUGGAGCAUCAUAUCAUUUGGUGUCACUCUGACUGCCACUUGGGCUGGCCUCGGAAGUGCUCUUAAUGGCGGAAUCUAUGCGGGAGGACCAUGCGGUGUCAUAUAUGGGUUUAUCCUGGUCUUCCUGGGACAGUGCUUUGUUGGAGCCACUAUUGCUGAACUGGCUUCUUCGUAUCCUACUACUGGAGGAAUGUAUCAUUGGGCAGCCUACUUAUCCCCUCCACGAUGGGCCCCAUUGGUCUCAUGGACCACCGGCUGGAACACUGUGUUGGCAUACAUCACCUCCGUCGCUGCAGUCUCAACCGCUUCUGCUACUCAAAUCAUUGCUUUGGUCUCCCUAGCCAAGCCAGAUUACGAGCUCGAGCGAUGGAACGUGUUUUUAUUGUUGGAACUAAUCAAUCUAGCAACUCUGCUCAUGGUUGUCUUUGGGAACAAGUUUCUUCCAUUGGUUAAUAAAGCCAGCAUGUGGUGGUUUUUAGCCUCAUUCCUUAUAUGUUCUAUCACUGUUCUGGCUAUGGCACCAAGUCAUCGUUCUGCAGAGGAAGUGUUCCGAAACUUUACAAAUUCCACCGGGUGGUCAACAGCAGGUAUGGCCUUUAUCUCAGGCCUCAUCAACCCCGCAUUCGCAAUUGCGGUUCUUGAUAGUACAACACAUAUAUCCGAAGAAGUUCCUCAACCUGAAAAGAAUGUUCCGAAGGCCAUCAUGUACACCCUCAUAUUCGCUCUUGGUACAGGAUGGUUCUUCUUGAUGGCCAUUUUCUUCAGUUACCAAGACCUCAAUGGAUUACUGGAAACAAAAACAGGUUUACCCAUUGCAGAGCUCUUCCGGCAAGCCACGGGAUCCAACGCUGGGGGAUUCGGUUUGACAUUCUUGCUCAUGACCUCUAAUCUCUGCACCGUUUGGAAUUGCCAGCUCGCUCAGGGGCGCAUCUACUGGGCGCUUGCACGUGAUAAUGGUGUUCCUUUCAGCGAGUUCUUCUCAGUUGUUGACUCUCGUCUUCACGUACCGCUUCGUGCGCAUGUCUUCACGGCGUUCAUCGUGGCGAUUCUAGGUAUACUUUAUAUGUGGGCAAACACAGCUUUCAAUGCAUUCAUAGCUGCCAAUCUUGUGUUCUUUAAUCUAUGUUAUGUUGUUCCUGUCGGUAUCAACAUGCUUCGCAAACGAAAGACGCUUGUUCCUGGCUGGUUCCACUUGGGAAAAUAUGGCAUGUUAAUCAACGCCGUCUCAAUGUGUUGGAUCGUUUUCUUGAUUAUAUUUCUUGAGAUCCCAUAUUUCAUGCCGGUCCACUCCUCAGAUAUGAAUUACACUUGCGUUAUUGUAGGGGCUGGAAUAAUAUUCGAGUUGGUAUACUAUGUCUGGAAGGGAAACUCCUUUAAGGGGCCAUCCCUGGAUGGACGAUCGACCGAGGUUUUGAACGGACAAGAUAUUCCUUCUCAUCAGGAUGUUUAUGGUGCUGUAAUAAAGGACUCUGUAUCUGGAUUAGAGAAAUGAGAUCGAAGAGGAGAUCCUAUAUAGUAUAGCUAUAACAAAACCUUACGAGUAGAGGCUGUUAGAGAAGCAAAGGGGGGCAACACAAUAUACUAGCUAUUAGCAAAAGCUUUAACUACUGACUUUAGAAAGCUGCAUCAAAACAAAGGGCUGAAAGGGGUUAUAGUAGGUUGGAGG